UGCCAGAGAGAUGGAUGCGAUAGCUGCAGGACGAGGACAAUGCAUAAGCUAGAGCUAAUGGGGACCCCUGAACGGCUCGGGUGACUCACUGUUGCUGCAGGUUAUCUUGCCUCGAACACCGUGUCGUGCACCCAGGGAAGGGGCACAGAUGGUUCUUUUCCCCCGUGUGGAUCUUUACAUGCCGUGUGAGAUGCCCGGUGGUGCUGAACGCGCGCUGGCAGAGAGGACAGAGAUGGUUCUUCAUGGGCGGGAAUGAGUGAGGCACGCGUCUUGAUGAGGACGAGGCUGCCGACAUAUACGCGCAGUGCGAGGAGGGGAGGGUGCCUAGAACGUUCGGCAGCAGCGGGAAGCGAGUCUUGGCGUCAGUCAGCUGCGUUGGUGUCGCAGAGAAGAACGGGGAGAGAGGUGGGUCCCCGUCUGAGAUUGGCCAUAGAAAUAUGCAUCGCCGUGAUGUUGUUCGAGACAACAAACAGGCCAAAAAGAGGCGUGUCUCCGUCGAUCGAUCUUCGAUGCCCAGAUCUAAAUUGGGACUGUGUGUUGCUGCUUGACGUCCCAAGCUCGGCAAUCAGUUCCUUCGCCCGAUUUGUGUGCGGUCUGGACCGCAGGUCAUCAGAAUUUCCGCAUUCGGUCUUUUCUUCUCACUAAUCCCGCCACCAGCUGCUGUGCUUCUCCUGCCUCGCGACGUGAAUUCGACCGACAACCGUGGAGCGAAUGGGAUUGCUUGCGUCUGUGUCGUGCCGCCCUCCAUGCACUGUGUCGAGCACCAGGGACCCACCAGCGGCACUGUCGUUGGGAGGUAGUACCUGGCACCACGCCACAUCUUUACAGGCUGCCCAGUCAGUCACUCGGCAGAAUGGUGCAUAUCACCAUGGCCUGGCUUACGGUAGUCGAGAUGAGCUCACGUGUUUCUGGCCGGAGCAUGGCAAUGGGCACCAGCCUCGAUGUGGAUAGAAGCCCAAUGCCGGAACCAGCGACAUCCAUUCGUCGGGCGCGCAGUCAGGCAGUGGCAGAAAUGGAAACAAAUUCGACUAGCUCGUCAUCUGUGCGGAUAAAUGGGGACAAACAUACUAGCGAACUGGCGUUUAGUGCGACUCUGCACGUCUUGGAACGACCCCAUGGCCGCUCACAACGGACAGCAGCGAAUAAGUAGUACAUUCUUCGUUCUCUCUCAUUAUCCAAUGAAGGCAAGACACUCACCGCUAUUCCAGCGAGUGUGAUCUACCGCUUACCAAAGGGGAUAUCCAGUGACUGGCGCAAAUCAUAGACGACAAUGGAGGACAGACAUUCUUCCCUCCAGCCUGUCUGUCAGUGUCACGCUGGUAUGUAGAGUACCCACCUCGCGUCUCGACCUUGGGCACAACUUGUCCCCACCCCGGAAUUUAACCCCCUGCAACUCGAGCUCAGGGUGAAACGUACGACAAUGUCAUCGUUUGGAUUUCUGCUGCUAUGCACGUCGUAUGAAUCGCCCACCAACAAAACCGAUUACCAUGCCAGGUAACAAACCCAGCUCCACCCGGCUGCAAUUUCUUACCCCAUCUCCCGCGUUGUUCUGUGCCCAAUGAGUCGGCUCCCGAACAUUCUGACGACACGUCCAUUUCGUUGGUCACAGCACGCUUCUUCUGGUCCCAGCCGUCUGCACGACCGUGCUGGCUACUAGUGUCAAGUGCAUAGCGCGUCACGGGACUUCCUCUGGAGGACUAGUCAGUCUUACGGGUCCUGUGCGGGAUUCUCCCCGUCGCUGCGAAGAGUGUCGAAACCCGCGUUCGAAUGAACUCCUCGACGCUGACGUGCUUCUAGCUUGAGACAACCUCUCGGUCGAUCAUUCUCGACAUGUUUUAGGAGCCUGGCCGUAUUUAUACAUAUAUGGAAACUGACGCAAAUCCUUGCUUGACCAUAAUCUGUCAUGCAAGCACAGUAAUUAGACCAGUCUCCGCGCUGACGCCUGGAGGCCCGUCGCGCACGUUCAUGAAAGGUCCCCGAUCACAUUGCAAUUUGGAAGGAAAAGAACAAUGCCUCGUCGACGAGAGGCAGCUGAGGGCAGCGCCGAAAAUUCUGCGACCGUCUGUCCGUUGCUUCAGCGAUAUGUUCAUCCCAGCGCACUCGAGAUCCAAAUCUCCCCGUUUAUCUCAUGACUAUGACUAUCAAGUUCCAUUUCAUAUCACUUAUUAUACGUGCAGUCAUUCUGCAUCAUCGUCAAGUGCUACAUGCAAAGCCGUCCUCGCUGGCAGCUUCCGUGUGCCCUGUGCCGCCUCGGCCGAGCGAAGGCGUUCCCAGACGACUCUUUGGUCGUUAAUGAAUGGGCUGCUCCACAACCAGAGUACAGGCGCCCGCGUUUACGGCGUACUCUCCGUCAUCAGCGUCACCGAAGAAAAAACACAUCACGUCAGUUGGUGGCGGGUGAGUGCUCCUUAUCGCACCGCCACGAGUACUUCACCGCUCCAUGAAGAGCGGGCUG